AUGUUGAAGGGACACGAACCUUGUUGGAUACUUGGGAAUAUUGCCAGUGUUUCAGAUUCCAACUUAGCCCGUUUAAUUGGCCAUGAAGCACAAAAACACGUGGUCUUAUGCAAAGUGGUGGAAUCUGAUUUGGAGUUAUCUGGUCUAGACUGA